AUGGCGGAUGAUAUUGAUAACCUGUGGUCAAAAUUAACCCUGUGUGAUGAAGAAAACAGCGUUGUAGCAGUGCAUCAAAAUACGGUGGUUGAAGCCAAUACCCACUGUUUGAUUGGAAGAAGUCUCUCUAGAAAACCCAUUAAUAUUGAUAUUCUCCGUUCAGUUCUUUACAAAAUCUGGAGAUUGAAUCAUGCCUUCCAAGUGUCUGAAUUGGGAGAAAAAUUGUACCUGUUUCGGUUUGAAAGAGUUGGUGAGAUGAACAGGAUCCUACUCCAACAACCAUGGAAUUUCAACAAAGCAUUGAUUGUCCUGAAUGAGUUUGAUGGUUCUUCCCCACCGGAUGCCAUUAAUCUCGAUUGGUGCUCUUUUUGGGUUCAUAUUUAUGGUUUGCCAUUUGCCUGUAUGACUGCAGAAACUGGUCUUUCGAUUGGAAAACAGAUUGGUAUUGUGGAGGAGGUAAAUCUAUGUGGUGACAAGGCUACUUGGGGUAAAUUUCUGCGAGUUCGGAUCUCCAUGAACAUCACCAAACCACUUAAACGAGGAACCAAAGUUCAAUUGCCUCUUCAAGGAAUUUCGGUUGUUAUGUUUAAGUAUGAAAAACUGCCAGACUUUUGCUUUGUGUGUGGUUGCCUGACACAUAUUGAAACUGAAUGUGAAAUUGCCUAUACUAUGAAGAAGAAUACUAGGAAAUACAUCAGACAAUAUGGAAACUGGUUGCGUGCUGAAGUCCCUGGAUCAUUAACAAACACCUUUGAAGCCCCUACCAUCUCCAUGUCCACUCACAGUUGCAAUUUAUUUGGGGAACAAUAUGGCCAUCAUCACCCAAAAAUUGGAAUGGGAGGGCAAUCUCCUAUUGAUAAAGUUGCAGAUAAUUCUCUGAUGUUUGAUUCGACUCCUAACAAAGGCAUACUGACUGUACCUGCUGAAAAUGCUAUACCUGACCCUCAAUUGACCCCAACUCCAAUUGCUGAUUUACAAGAUCAUGAAAUGAACACCAAUUUGGCAGUUAUCUCCAAGAACUUGGCAGAUCAAAAAUUAAUCUCGGGUGAUGAUGAUAAUUUGACUCAGAAGGCAAAACAACCUGUUCAGUUGGGUGAAAGCAGUACAUCUGGGGUUGACAAAAGUACCUUUGUUUUUAGUUCUGCAAACUCCAAUCCAAUUCCCCUUUCCAAGCGUCCCUCUCAUUGGAAGCGAACGGCAAGAUCCAACGCUUCUAAGAGUGCUAUGGCUGCAGUGUCUUCUAAGGGUGGAAAGCGAAUAUCAGGAAGGGUUGAUACUGAUGAAGGAGCCUCUUCUUUGACAUCAAAGAAGCUUCGAGACCAUGGAAUUAUUGAGAAGAAUCUCUCUGAUGUCCCAAUAUCGGCAAGAUCACAUCUUUCUUGGGUUUGUGGUGGUGACUUUAACGAAAUUACUAAUUUGGAUGAAAAUUUGGGAGGAGCAGCACGUCCACAAUGGCAAAUGGACAAUUUUAAUCAAGCUAUUGGUGAUUGUGAACUUCAUUCAAUUCCAGUAAAAGGGCCGAGGUUGACUUGGAGUAAAUAUAUGGAUGGGGAGCGGAUUUUUGAGCGAUUGGACAGAUUUUUGGUGACAGAGGAUUGGCUCCAAAUGUUUAAUUUCUCUUUUGAGGAACAUCUUGUGACAUCUGUAUCAGAUCAUCUCCCAAUCUCUUUACACAUUUUGAACCAUCCAGAUCAUCAAAUCCGGAGCAAGAAACAAUUCAGAUUUGAGAACAUGUGGUUAGAGCAUGAAGAUAUUCAGAAUGUUGUGUCUCAAAAGGGGCAAGAGGGAGGAGAUUGCAGCUUGUUGAAACAAUGUGAAAGGGAUCUCAAUUUGCUUUACAAACAAGAAGAAACGCUGUGGUGGCAACGCUCAAGAUCAUUAUGGCUAAGGGAUGGGGAUAAGAACACAAAAUAUUUCCAUUCAACAGCUACACUUAGAAAGCGUAGAAGUUGUAUAAACAGCAUUACAGAUGAUGCCGGUCAAGUUUUUUCAGAUGAAGAUAAUAUCACAAGGGUGAUUUUGGAUUAUUAUCAGUCCAUAUUUACAUCAGAUAAUCCUGACCUAUCUAAUAUUCAAGAAGUCUCGAACCUUAUUGGUACUAGACUUACUAAUGAGAUGAGAGAUUUAUUAGACCAGGAUUUUACUGAGGAAGAUAUCAAAGUGGCUACCUUUCAAAUGAACCCAAGCAAAGCGCCAGGUCCUGAUGGCAUGAAUCCCUGCUUUUAUCAGAAAUUUUGGCAUGUUAUUGGUAAAGAUGUUUCUACUAUGGCGCUGCAAUUUCUCAAUGCUGGGCUACCACUGUCGGAUAUUAACCAUACUACCAUUGUGUUAAUUCCGAAAUUGGCUAAUCCAAACAAUGUGAAAGAGUAUAGACCUAUUAGCCUUUGUAAUGUAAUUAUCAAGAUUAUUACAAAGGCAAUUACUAAUAGGUUGAAGCUAAUCUUGCCUCAGAUAAUCAGUGAAACACAGAGUGCUUUUGUGCCGGAUCGACAAAUCUUUGAUAAUUUGAUAAUUGCUUUUGAAACCAUCCAUCAUAUGGCCAACCGUAGAGCUGGUAAUAAUUUUCAUAUGGCUUUGAAAUUGGAUCUAAGCAAAGCAUAUGACAGAGUUGAAUGGCAAUUUUUAGAAGAAGUUAUGAGAGGCAUGGGGUUUUCUGAACGGUGGAUUUUCCGUGUGAUGACGUGUGUGCGUACAGUGACUUACUCCGUAAGUGUUAAUGGUAAUCAUAGUGGAAGGAUUAUUCCGACAAGGGGAAUACACCAAGGAGAUCCUCUCUCUCCAUAUCUUUUUCUUCUUUGUAUGGAGGGAUUCACAAGUCUGUUGCAAAGAGCGGAAAAUAAUGGUCUGAUUCAAGGGGUUGCUGUUGCCCGCCAUGCUCCGAGAAUCUCACACUUAUUCUUCGCAGAUGAUAGCUUAUUAUUUAUUAGAGCUCAAAGUAGUGAUUGCACAACUAUUAUAGAUGUCCUGCAUAAGUUCGAACUAGCUUCUGGGCAGCAAAUCAAUAUAGAGAAAUCCUCUGUAUUCUUCAGUUCCAACACACCGGAAAAUACAAGAUCAUCAAUUAUGGAGUUGCUUGGAGUCAGAAAAAUUUUGGACAGGGACAAAUAUCUGGGUUUACCGAUUAUGCUUGGUAGAUCAAAGAAAAGGGAGCUGCAAUAUAUCAAGAAUCGAUUGCUGGCAAAAAUUAGAGGCUGGAAUUGUCGAUUUCUCUCUAUUGCUGGUAAAUCUAUUCUAAUUCAGUCCACUGCUCAAUCCAUUCCCCAAUAUCUUAUGAGUGUAUUUAAGUUUCCACAAACUUUUUUACAUGAGUUAAAUAUGGCGGUGGCUAAUUAUUGGUGGGGAAAAGGCAGUGAGAGACGCAGUAUUCACUGGAAAAAUUGGAGUUCAUUGUGCAUCUCAAAGCUAGAUGGAGGAUUGGGAUUUAGAGACUUUGAAGCUUUCAAUUUAGCUCUUUUGGCCAAACAAUGUUGGCGCCUUAUGCAUAACCAGCAAUCCCUCUGUUUCAGAUUGUUAAAAGCAAAAUAUAUUAACAAUUCAAAUUUUCUACAGGCUAAUUUAAGGACUAAUCCUUCAUUCGUAUGGAGAAGUCUCUUGGCUGGAAGGAAGAUCCUUGUCGAGGGCUCAAGAUGGAGGAUUGGAUCUGGAUUUUCAGUGCCUGUGAGGAAUGCUAAAUGGAUUAACAAACCACCGACUUAUUGUCCUCAACUCCUAGAGGGUGUUCAACCGAACCAUAUGAUUAUGGCUGAGUUAAUUCAUCAAACUGAUCGGAGGUGGCUUGUUGAUAAACUGCAGGAGCUUUUUAUUGAAGAAGAUGUUUACCAAAUAGCAAGUAUACCUCUGCCAUUAGAGUUUGAAUCUGAUAGCCUAACAUGGAAUCACUGA